UUAGGAGGUCCACCCACUUUUGGGGCUUGCUUAAACUGCAAACUCCAAGUGUGGGGAGCGGGUACUUGUGGAUGAUUUCUGUGCCAUGGAAAGUUUAUCAGGAUGCAAGAGUCAUUUAAUCAUCUGACAUCCUCAAGCAAUCCCCUCUUGCUCUCAGCUGUCUGUCUGUCUGUCUGUCUUAAACCUUCUUUUUCUGCAUCCUUAAACCGCCCCACGCCCCUUCUUCCACCUCCAAAGUCCCUUUACUUUCAAUAAAGUUAUCAGUUUUAUGUAAAAUUGUGCUGCGGAAGUGCAGUUUUAAGCCUCUGACCGCGAAAACUGCUUGGAGCUCAUUAAGUCCUAAAAAAAAAUCAAAACAAAAAACAAAACAAAAAAACAAAACAACAACAACAAAAACUCAGGAAAACUGGCCGUUUUUGUAAUCCUCGAGGUACUGAAAACCAAGGGCAGACAAUCGAAAGUUGAAAUUACCCUCUUUUUGAUUUACAAGCUAUCCUCCCCUUUCCGAGUUUCCUCCGCGGUUAGCUUCUAGUUCCCAUCAGCCAAAGGCAGGGGAGUGGCCAGCUGUUUCUUCACACUCCCGCCCUCUUCUCUGCAGUUGCUCUGCCCAGAGGGUCCACGCCAGAGCGCAUCCCGCCCAGCAUAGAAGCCCUUCCACGUCCACCACCAGCAACAACAACAGCCUCCUGCAGUGGCCACUGCCAGCCUGAGCUCUCGGCUGCCAGACAGCGUGUAUCUUUUCAGCUGUUGGUGCUCAGGAACCACAGUGUCAACAUGGUGAGUUCGAGUGGCUUACUCACUAAAGUAAGAGAGCCAGUGGUGCCGAAGAGCAUUGCCGUGACUCUGUCCAUCAAUGAUUUUGUGGCUGGUGUGUCUGCAACCCUAAACUAUAAGAAUGAAGAGAAAACCCCCUUAGAGACCUUCUUUGUGUUCCCCAUGGAUGAAGAUUCUGCUGUCUACAGCUUUGAGGCCUGUGUGGAUGGAAAGAAAAUUGUGGCAGAGUUGGAGGACAAGUAUCAGCCCCACAAAAGGUAUGAAGAGGCUUUCUCUGGGGGAUUUCAGCCUUACUUAUUGGAAGAAGACAAGUGUUCCAGGGAUGUCUUCUGUUGUAAUGUGGGGAACCUGCAGCCAGGGUCAAAAGUGUCACUGACACUGAGAUAUGUGCAAGAACUUCCCUUGGAAGAUGAUGGGGCCCUGCGCUAUGUGCUCCCAGCCAUCCUGAAUCCUAGAUACCAUCUCUCUGAUCAAUGUGUGGACAGUUGCCUGGAUAUGAAGACCCCGAUAGUUCCCUUGGAAGAAUUGCCCUACACACUCAGCAUGGUUGCCAACAUCAGCUCCAAGCUUGGUAUCAGUACAAUCCAAUCCAACUGUCCCUUGAAUCCCAUUGAGUACACUGGAGAUAACAAGACCUCAGCUCAGGUUUCCUUGGCUGACGGACACAAGUUUGACCGAGAUGUGGAACUCCUUAUUUUCUAUAGAAAGGUGCACAGCCCCAGUGUAGCUGUGGAGAUGGGAAUGCCUGAAAAGCCAUCAGAUAGUUUAAUGGGAGCACCUUCUGCAAUGGUGAGUUUCUACCCAGAUAUCCCAGAAGUGGAGACCACAACAAAAUGUGGAGAAUUUGUGUUCCUUAUGGACUGUUCAAAAAGCAUGAAUAACCCCAUGAGUUCCAAGAACAAGUCUCAGCUGAGAAUAGAUGCUGCCAAGGAAACACUGAUUCUGCUACUGAAGAGUUUGCCCAUGGGCUGCUAUUUCAACAUCUAUGGAUUUGGAGCCACCCAUGAGGAGUUCUUUCCAAUCAGUGUGAAGUAUUCUCAGGAAACCAUGGAGAUGGCAGUGGCAAAAGUAAAGCUUUUGCUCGCUGAUCUAGGAGGGACUGAACUUUUAACACCACUACGGAAAAUUGUGAGGAAACCCCCAAUCCCAGGGCAUCCCUUACAGAUCUUUGUCUUCACAGAUGGAGAAAUUGUUGAAAGUUUUAGUGUAAUCAGAGAAGUUAAGUUCCGGAGCAGAAAAUACAGAUGUUUCACCUUUGGCAUUGGAGAAGGAGCCUCCACUAGUUUAAUCAAAAGCCUUGCCCUGUUGUCAGGGGGCACUGCAGAGUUUAUCACAGGCAAUGACAGGAUGCAGUCCAAGGCCCUUAGAUCCCUGAGGCGUUCUCUACAGUCUGUAGUAGAGGAUGUCACUCUGAGCUGGAAUUUGCCUCCGGAAAUGUUUGCACCUGUGCUAGCUCCAGAACAAACUUCUAUCUUUCGGGGUCAAAAGAUAAUCAUCUACAGCUUAUUUAUUGGAAAAAUACCACAAGAAGAGGCAACUGGUGAAGUGUGUCUCUCAUAUAAGCUUCAUGGCAAAAGUUAUGAAGAAAAAAUGACAUUUUCUCUACAGCCAAAGUCUGAUGACAACUUCACCAUUCAUCGUCUUGCUGCAAAGUCCAUGAUUCAGUCCAAAGACUUUGGCUUCAAGGAGACAGCAGCAAUGUAUAGAAGAGAUGUGUUGGACAUCAGCCUAGACUCUGGAAUCAUAAGCUCCUUCACAGCCUUUGUUGCCAUCAACAAGGAGCUCAAUGAGCCAAUCCAGGGGCCCCUGCUUCAUAGGGAUAUUCUAAGGCCAAUUCUCAUGGAUGGACGUAAUAGAAGGACCUCUGAUGCUUACAGCAAAAUUGUAUUUUGCCCCAGUGUUGUUCCUGUAAAUCAUCUUCCAAAGUGGUUGCGCAAAAAACACCAUCCAAAUGGCACACCGCAAGAGCCUCAGAAGUGCUAUCGGGUGAAAUGUGUGAUUCCUACAGAUACUCGCCCUGAGUUGUCCCACCUGGCUAAAUAUGACAGUUCCCCACAAGGGAAUAAAGAGCAUAGUAUUGCACAGCUGAUAAAUCUCCAGAAUGCAGAUGGCUCCUGGGAUAUGAAUGAAGAUUUAGUUAAGAUUCUAGGUACUAGUUUGGAAGACAUGACGGCUGCACGCCCUAGUGAGGUAUUAGAACCUUCGGCUUGGGCUACAAUGCUAGCUGUGCUUUGGCUACAUGAGAAUGGCAAGGAAUUGAAGGAGGAGUGGGAGCUUCUGGAAAGAAAGGCUGUGGUUUGGCUUCACAAAAAUGCAGUCGAAGGUUUCACCAAGGCCAUGGAUACUGCCAACAAGUUCUUGAAGACAUCAUUGAGUCCCUCCAUCUUCAAUUUAUGAGAGUGGUGCCUGGGAGAAGGGCAUUCUUUCCUGCCUCCUAUCACAUCCUUCACCUUGUCCGUUAAGAUAGAUUUGUGUCUUGGGUACCUUACGACCUGUAUCAUACUAUAAAAGUAAAGGAUGAGCACAUGGCUUUGGCUAUCUAUUGUAGGUCCCACUGGUUACAACCUUGGGUGUCUGUGUAUCCCCUAAGACAAGUGCUGGUAGAUAUAGAAACUGUUUCCUAUCUUCGAGUAGUAUAGAACAUUUGCAUGUAGUGAUGUUUCUCCUAAGUUUCAAAAACAUAUUUCACUCCAGUCUAAGGACUAAGAAUCCCUGCAUCAAAUAAUUGUCUUCAUUGUCCUUUUGGUACACACCUUUCAUUUUAUAUGCUUGUCAUUAUAUACAUUACAUUCUCAGAUACAAUUUGAAUGUUUCCAUUCUUGGAGGAAGUUGGAUAUAAACUGAAAGCCAACUUCAGAGUCAACGUAACUUCAAGAUCACAGAGAAUCAAGGUUUCAUUUUGUUCACUGCUUCUGUUGGGAACAUUCUUGGUGUACUCUAUGUGGCCACUGUCAGUCUAUACUCCAUACUUUUUUCUUUCUCCUGCCUAAAUGAUUUGAUAUGAGUCAUACCUAUCAACAGAUGUCUGUCCUUAACCAUUAAUCAUUCUGUAGGAGGUUAAUAAUGAGUUGUUUAGACCUAGCAUUAAUCCAUUAAGCCCAUGAGUUUGGUUAUGGCCUGGUUUACUCAGAAUUAAUGUAAGUUUUGCUGAGAGUUGAGUAUGUUUCGUUUUUCGUCCCAUAAAGAAUCAGGUUCCCAAAUCACUCUGACCAUUGCUUUUCACAUACCCUAUCAUAUUAAAUGAUCCCAUUCCUCCAGAUUGCUGUUAUACCAAUAUUAAAAUUAAUAUUCUACUAUGA